AGAGACGUGGCGUCAAGCUUGGGCAGUGGGCACGCCGCUGCGUGGCGGCUCUGAAGAACUGAGUGUUCUCCACCGGACCACCAUCCACAAAAGUGAGCCCAGAUCGUCCGUGGAUGUGAUCCUAAUCCGAUACGACCUGACGUCGGCUGCCCCGUCCCACACUGCUAUUCUUCUCGAUAUUCCUCCACCAUCGACUUCGACUUCUACCCGGGCACCCGGUUUUUCCUCUAGUGAACGGCCAACCAGAUAAUCGAUUGAUGAUAGCUACCUAGCCGCCACCAUGUCCCUUGGCGAAAUACCAGCCCUUGGGCCCGAGAAUGGUGCACCAAGCAAUGGGAACAACUUGGGCCUUACUGACCCGGCCAGCGCCGAGGAGAUAAGGCAGGUGCAAGAGGUUCUGUCCUCUGAGAUCGGGGUGUCUGCCAUGCUGAACCGAUUAAAACAAAGCAUCGCAUCUGCAAAGGAAUUCGCUCUCUUCCUCAAGAAGCGCUCGAUACUCGAGGAUGAACAUUCCCAGGGCCUCAGAAAGCUAUGUAGGAUGUCACAGGAUAACAUGCAUCGGAACGAGCACCGCGGAGGCUCCUUCGCCAAUGCAUACGACGAAAUGAUGACCAUCCAGGAACGAAUGGCGGAAAACGGCAUGCAAUUCUCCACGUCGCUAUACCAGAUGCACGACGACCUGUUGGAGCUGGCAACAAUGGCCGAGAAAUCCCGCAAGGGCUGGAAGCAGAGUGGCCUGGUCGCUGAGCAACGAGUCGCCGAGCUCGAGGCCGCCAUGCGCAAGUCGAAGACCAAGUACGAUUCACUCGCCGAGGAGUACGAGCGCGCCAGGACAGGCGAUGCCAGUGCCCAGAAGGGCGCCAAGAUGUUUGGAUUCAAGGGGCCCAGGUCGGCUGCACAGCACGAGGAGGACCUGCUACGGAAGGUCCAGGGUGCCGACCAGGACUACCACGGAAGAGUGCAGACACUCCAAACUGAGCGUAGCGAGCUCCUUUCGAGGACGCGGCCCGAGACGGUCAAGGCGCUGCAGGAUAUUGUCAAAGAAUGCGACUCAGCAUUGGUGCUCCAGAUGCAGAAGUUCGCAUCGUUCAACGAGAAACUGCUGCUCAGCAACGGUCUGAGCAUCAGUCCGCUGAAGACCCAAACCGGUGAGGUCAGGAGCCUCAGGGAGGUCAUGGCCGCCAUCGAUAACGACAAAGAUUUGAGCGAGUAUGUCAGCGCGCACUUCAAGCAGCUACCGCCUAGACGGGGGGAGCCUAAAUAUGAGCGCAAUCCUAUUCUUGACCAGCAGCACCGCGCACCCAUCUCGCCGCAAGCUGUAGCGCAGCACCACGGCCAAGACGCUGUCCAGCCUCCUAUGCAGCCCGGGCAGCCGAUGAAUGCGCGAUUGAGUCAACACGGUUUCCCCGAACCCGCCGCCCCGCCGCCAGGACAGGCAGCCAUGGGCCAUGGCUACCGACCGAGCUCGGGUUCCAUCUCUAUGGCGCCUGGCGCGCAACGACCCGGGUCUCAGCCGCAGCAUGAGAGAAGCUUCAGUCUCGGAAGCAGGGCAAACCAGCCCAUCGCUCCAAGCCAGCAGCAAUUUGCUUCACGGGCAUCUGUCCAGCAGCAACCCAUUCCGAGCUCGAAAUUCAACGGCUCAUUAAGCUCUCAAGGUCCACCACAGUUGGGAACGCUAUCCUUCCAGAACCCAGCACCGCAGCAGCCGCAACAGCAGCCUCAGCAGCCGCAGCAGGCUCCUCACUUUCAAUCUCAGCAACAGCAGUUGCAGCAGCAGGGAGGAAUGGGUACCAACCCCCUUCAACAGCAUCCGCCGAGCCACGGGUCGCAGCCACGCCAGCAGUCGCCGCCGCAACGUGCCCCCCCUCGACCGGUUUUCGGUUUAACCCUAUCUCGGCUCUAUGAGCGCGAUGCCCUGGCCGUGCCGAUGGUGGUGUAUCAAUGCAUCCAGGCAGUUGACCUUUACGGUUUGGGGGUUGAAGGCAUUUAUCGGCUCUCUGGAUCGCUCCCCCAUGUCAACAAACUCAAGAACAUGUUCGACACCGACUCCAGCUCCAGCAAUCUGGACUUCCGAAACCCGGAGAAUUUCUUCCACGACGUGAACAGUGUUGCCGGACUGCUCAAGCAAUUUUUCAGAGACUUGCCGGAGCCUCUUCUGACGUCAGAGCAUUACGCGGGAUUUAUUGAAGCUGCGAAAAACGACGACGAAAUCGUCCGCCGCGACUCGCUGCACGCCAUCAUCAAUAGCUUGCCGGACCCCAACUAUGCCACUCUCCGAGCCCUCACCCUGCAUCUGCACCGUGUGAUAGAUAACGCGGACGUCACUCGGAUGAGCUCGCAGAAUCUGGCCAUCGUAUUCGGGCCGACGCUGAUGGGAACCGCCCCAGGCGCGAGCAUCAGCGAUGCGAGCUGGCAGGUCCGGGUCGUCGAUACCAUCCUGCAGAACACGUACCAGAUAUUCGAUGACGAUUGAGAGGUCAUGGAGACCUUGUUUUGAUGCUGAGGAGUCUUGGACGACGAGGGGGUAGAGAAGGGCGGGGGGGCCACUGCUUUCUUGAAUAGAAACAGCUGCAUCUCCAGCCGCAUGUGGCACCCUCCGAUAACUAAUGGCGGAAGAUAUUGGGUGCCUGCAAGAGUUGGGGGAAGCCAGGAGAUUAUUGAGUGGUUCACACAGGCC